AUGAAGCAGUUAUCGACUGAUUCACAGUUUGCUGAUAUACUUCACCUACAAAAAGAAGUUGCCGGAGCCUGUAGAAAAUUGCAAAUAUCCGAGGCAUACUUGAAAGGAAUAGAGAAUCACGAUAACCUUGCAAAAAUUGAUGUUCACAGAUUAGAGACAUUUUCAAUAAACGACGGAGCUGAAUGUUUAGGAAAGUUACAGAAGAUAAUCGAAAAGGAAAUUACAAGCAAAGACAAACAUGUUUUAAAAAGAACUAUAGAGUUAAUGAAAAUGUACCUGGACGUACAAACUUUAAGGUAUUCUUACAUCACUCGCCUCUGCUGCGUUGUUCGUUCAAUCGAUCCGCAGUCACCUACGUUAGCCGGUCUUGAAAUGGUGUUUGAUAAGGAAGAAGAGAGUGAAAUAAAGUUCCUCAAAAUCUUUGAACAACCGAAGUAUGAAAAUGUAACAUUUUUUGCAUUAUUCAAUCUCACGGAACACAAUUCUAUUUUCAAAUAUUUACAAAUUAAAAGAAUUGUAUGUCAAGAUCUAACCAAAGCCCUACAUAGAAAGAGAUUUGUUAUUCAUUCCGAAAAAUGGCCUAAAUGUUCUGUAGAAAUGGUUAACGUUUGGGGGGGUCACCUUCUAGGUAGAUAUAACGUUCUUGACUUACAAGCCACGUGUUUCGAGUUUGAAGCAAUUUCUGGAGUUGAUAAUGCAUUCCGCUUCAAAUCAGUGAAAUGGCCAGAGAGUUUUGUUUAUUUGGAAACGGCUGAUAUGAAGUUAUGGGGCACUAUGAAAAAAGAUGCUCCAAAUAGAGAAUGGAAUAUAUUUCGGCUUCCAGAUGGAAAAUACAUGAUCUCCAAUCGAGUACGUCCCGGCAUGUUCAUUUACAUGACUAGCAUUUUGGGAAGUCUGAAGGCUGCAGAUGGUGAUCAUGGAGAUGAAGGGCACUGGAAUUUUACUCGAUGA